AUGAACUUAUCAUCGGCAACGACAUUCAUCGUUUGUUUAUUUCUUUUACAGCUUGUUUGCCUGUUUGUCGAUGUGGAACUUGCAGCAAUUACAAAUGUUCCCACAGAAGAUGAAUCAUACAUCGUAUUAAUGGCCGCGCGUCUUUAUCAAUACGCGAAUUUUACGGGACCUUACGUCGAUAUUAUUUCACCUGAACCACGUUGUGAAACCUUCGAAUCAUCGACUGUAGUUUCGAGUGUAAAAGUAACACCUGCUAAACUGAUUGUAAAAUACUAUUCACAUCCAAAUUGUCGCGGGGAAGAGAUGUUAAAGACUGUUGGUGACGAGUCGAAUUUUAAGAAGGGUUUAAACAUUCUAUCGGCGUUUAUUACAAAUAAAGAAUAA